UCGACAACUCUACUUAUUCAGCUGGCAGCGCAAAGUCGAAAAAAAUGAGGUCGAGAAGGCAGUUUUCCGGCUUAUUAUUAAUUUUAAUUAAUUUAAUUAGUCAAAUAAACGCACAGUCCAAUGAAGUGAUCGGCUGUGGUGGUUUUAUAAAAAGCCAUGCCGAUAUUGACUUUUCCAAAGUGGAAAUAAAACUCUUGACCAAACAGGGCUCACUGAAAGAUAAGACCGAUUGCUCACCAUCGAAUGGCUACUACUUCCUGCCCAUCUAUGACAAGGGCGAAUAUUUGCUAAGCAUUGCUCCACCGCCAGGUUGGAGCUUUGAGCCCGAACACGUUGAACUUAAUUUCGACGGCAAGAAUGACGUGUGCAGCCAGGGCAAAGAUGUUAAUUUCGUAUUCAAGGGCUUUGGCAUUACGGGCAAAGUGGCUCUAGCUACAGGUAGUGGUGCACGGGACGUAGAUGUAGAACUGAAAUCGGAGCAGGGCGACAUUCGUCGCACAAAAACCGACAUCAAUGGCAUCUUCUUCUUUACACCGAUUAUACCCGGCAAAUAUGUGGUGCGUGCCACCCAUGCCAGAUGGCAUUUCGCCAAGGCGGAGCACAAUGUAGUUGUGGUCAGUGGCAAUACUGAACUGCCGGCUAAUUCUUUGGUGGUAUCUGGCUUUGAUAUCAAUGGACGUUUCGAUACCAGCUCCCAAUUGCCGUCAAAUAUUGCUGUGGUGCUCUAUAAGAAAAAGGGUCAAACUCUCCAGACCAAGUGUGCAAAUUCCCCCACUGCACCCGCCAACAAGCUCAAGAACGAAUACGAAAGCGCAGCCUCUUGCUAUGCGGUGGUAGAUAAAGGUGAAUACAGCUUCAAAGAUGUGCCGACAGGCAAAUACUUGCUGCAGGCCAUUAACGAGAAUCAAAACUUAAAACUUCAUUUGACUCCGAGCUUUUUGGAGGUGGAGUUGGGCAAGGAUACGCUGCAGAUUAAAGAAGAAUUCAAGAUUAGCGGCUUUACUGUCUCCGGUCAGGUGUUGGACUCCGCUGGCGGUGCACCACUUAAAUCAGCUAUUGUCAAGCUCAACAAGGAAAAGGUAGCCGAAACAGAUGCCACGGGCAGCUAUACGCUGGAGAACAUCAAAGCGGGCAGCUACAACAUUGAAGUCGAGUAUCCACAACUGCAAUUCGAGCCAGUGCAGGUGAAGACGCAGAUUGCCACGCCCAACCUGCCCACAAUUGUGCCUUCUGCUUACGAAGUGUGCGGCAAAGUCGUCUCCCAGAAAUCCUAUGUCGUUGGCAUCACGAAAAUCGGCUCCACCUUCCACACGACAACUGCCACGAAGGCAGAGAGCGGCGUCUGGUGUGCAUAUCUGCCCGCUGGCAAAUACAAUAUUGAGGUCCUCACCACGGAUGUAGAUAAAUCGAGUGGUGUUCAAUUCUUCCCUGUGCAGCAGCAGGCCGAAGUGCGGGAUGGCCCAGUGAAUGGCAUUAGCUUCUCGCAGCUGCGUGCCACUAUCCGUGGUGAGCUGCAGUGCCUACCGGAUGCCACGGCCACCUGCACCUCCGCAGAGAUUACACUACAGGGUCUGGACGCCACCGGACAGCCCACGGACAACAAAUGGAAGGCUAGGGCUUAUCGUGGCAAAUAUGCUUUUAAGGAUGUAUUGCCUGGUCCCUAUGAGAUAACAAUUCCCCAGGGCAAUCUGUGCUAUGAAUCGACUCGCGUCUUCCUAAAUGUCGCCGCUGCAACGGAGACAGCGCCGCCCUUCAUACACAAGGGUUACGAAGUGUCCAUUAUAUCUAGUCAUCGCGCUCUGAUGCGCUACAUCCAUGUCACAGGACCUUCUGAACCCAAGGCCCCCGUUGAGACACUGAAGAUUCUUUCAGGCGUCAACACCUUCUGUGUAUCCAAAUACGGCAGCUAUGACUUUAAGCUGGAAGGUUGUCACAUUUACGAUGAUUCGUUGCCCAGUAAAUUCAUCACCCCAGAACCUGAUCAGCUGCAGACGUUAAUUGUGAAUGCCAUUGCCCACAAGACGGGUGUGCGUGUGCUGUCCACAGAUUCCAAUCUGGACUCUCUAAGACUUGCUGUGGAAUCGGAAUCGUUGGGCAAGCAAAUUAUUACUCCAACUGCUGAGGCACAUAAAGUGGAUGGCAAAUUUGCAUUCCGUUAUGAAACAUAUCUGAAGCCAGAGGAAAAGCUAAACAUUAAACCCCUGAGUGAUAUACUCUUAUUUACGCCUCAGCAUCAGCAGAUCGUGGGCAGCAGUGAUUGCGUUGAUAUUGCUUUCAAUUUUGUGGCCACGCGUGGUCUCAUAUUGCGCGGCAAAGUUGUGCCCGCAAUUAAGGAUGCCAAGAUAACGCUCAGUUUUCCCGAGCAUCCAGAACUUGAAUCCAUUGAAGUGCUCAGCUCGAUUACAGGUGAAUUCAAAUUUGGUCCUAUCGAUGAUACUCUCAAAUUCGAGCUGGCUGCUGAAAAAGAAUCCUAUGUAUUCAGCGAAUACAAUCGCCAGUCGAAUUCCUUUAGCGCCCACAAAUUGUGUGAGAUUGAAGUCACGGUACUGGACGAUGCAGGACAACCACUGAACGGAGUGUUGCUCUCGCUUAGCGGCGGUGAAAGCUAUCGCAAGAAUCUAGUCACUGGAGACAAUGGCGCCAUCAAUUUCCAUUCGCUAUCGCCCUCACAGUACUUCCUGCGGCCUAUGAUGAAAGAAUACAAAUUUGAGCCAAAUUCCAAAAUGAUUGAUAUCAAGGAUGGCGAAACUGUUCAGGUUACUCUAACUGGAAAGCGGUACGCUUACUCUAUUUUUGGCACAAUUACAUCCCUCAAUGGCGAUCCCUUCCCGGAGGUAAAUGUUCAGGCCAGCGCUACGGAUAGCUGCCAGCAUCAACAAGAAGAGGCAAGCAGUGAAAUCAACGGACAAUACCGCAUUCGUGGCCUACAGCCUGGAUGCACCUACACCAUUCGCGUAUUGACGGACGAUGACAAAGUCUAUCGUUCCAUACCGGAAAGCCACACAGUUACCGUUGGUAACGAGGAUGUGCGAAAUAUUAAUUUGAUUGCUGUAAAUCCCAUCAAUAUUGUGGAUGUUACUGCCACAAUUAUGGCCUCACAAAAUGAUUUCUAUAAGACAUUGCGCAUUGUUAUGUACAGGCAGGGCGCCUCCGAUUCGCCUGUGUUUUCACAACGUGUGGCGUCUCCACUAAAUCCCAAGUCAAGCUUCAAUCCUGGAAUUAUGGUGUAUUUCCCGCGCAUACCACGCGACGGCAAGACCUAUGUAGUCGAGCUGCAAUCGACGCUGUCGGAGAAAACGUACUCCUACAAGCUACCCUCCUUCACCUUUGUGGCGGACAAAAGUUCUGUCUAUGUGAAGCUGGACUUCAAUGCAGAGGUGCGUGCAACUGAAGCGGAUCUCAAUCAGAAUUCCAUAUCAGCUCUGGUGCUCAUUGCACUGGUGGCCAUUGCCUUCUUCAAACAGGACUUGGCCGUGAAUUUCCUCAGCUUUGUGUGGAGCAAGCUGAGCGAUGUCGUCACAGAUGUGGCCCAAAGGCAGAAGGGCAAGGCGACCAUCCGUAAAAACGAGCCCAUCAAUCAGCGGGAGAUCGAGCAGAUGGCCGAUCAGAUAAAUGCAAUUAAAAAGAAAAAGGUCAAAAAGACUUAAAUUAGCCCUUACAAUUUAGUCACCAUCGGUAUUCGGUUUUUCUUUUAAUUUUUUCCCUCAUAUUUUUUAUUUUGUUUUCCUCUUGAGAUUUUCCGACUUGAGUUAAAACUUAGCAUUUUUUUUAUUGCAUUUUCCGGAACAAAUAAUGGUAGUCGUU